AUGAGCACCGCAGUUGCGAUGGCUCUCUCGCCCGCUCCCCACGACCGGCCGUCCUACGGCUCUGACCUCCCUCCUCCUCCGCCUCCGAGCUCGACUUCACCCAGCGCACAGCGAACCGCAGCCGCCCCUCCGCCCCCUCCCCCCACAGGGUCUGGUUCGCAACCGCGAUCCGGUAGCAGCAGUCCGAAGGGAACCGGCGCGACAGCGAACCCUCAUAAGUCUUCGCCACCGAGCGCAUCUCGCAACGCUGGCGGACCAAAAAUAAUUGUGAAGAAGGAACCCGGCUCACCCGGAAUGCAAACAGCACGGCACCGGCCGAGGAAACUGGAUUUAUCCAAAAACACCAAUGUCGUGUCUCCCGCCACUGGCCGCCCUAUGACGGCAAGGGAUGGUCUCGUAAUUCAGGAGGUGGGCAUCGCAUGCCUGUCGCCGGGGUUCGUGCCAAAAGAUGCGACCGAGCAAGAGCAGUUGAACCGUAGCAUGAGUGUUAGGGAACACCAGAGACAAAUCAUCGAGGCGAGGCUGCAACAACAAUCAGCGAAGCUAGGAGACGGACCUGGGGGAGAGAGGGAGCCGGGUUCGUUCGCUGCUAAAACACCAGGGCUCGCGCGCAAGCGUGGCGCUCCGCCAGGUCUCAGCAUCGUCGCCCCGUCCCACGAACAAUUUGCGAACGAGAGGGUAAUCCAAUCGGCGCCCCUCGGCCAGACAUUUACUGGGAGGCACAACCCGCAUCCGCUAACUCGGCAUAUCACCAACCAACCCUCGAACCUGGCCAGCACAUCGCACAUCCACCAUGUGCCUGCGACACAGACAAACAACCGACUCCCCCCGAUCGCUGAUGUUUUUGGUCAAAAUCUUUCGGGCCAUCCCGAGUCGAGCGGUCAUGCCAUGUUUGCUAACCAAAGCCGGGCGCCUCUCCCGUCGCCACACCACCCUCCGCCUCCCCAAUCUGCGCGUGCGCGCGAGUACAAGUCAGCCGAGGAAGCACAAGCGGAGCUGGCCGGUGGCCGGCCCGAACUCCUACCAAAGUUAGUACGCUACGGUGGGCACCAACCCCCGACGCCACCAUCCCCUCCGCACCAGCAAGCCCCUCAGGACCACCAGCCCAGCCAUCACAGUAGUGGAAGUGAUGCCCAUCAUCACCAUCACCAUCACCACCAUAACCACCAGAGCCACCCCAGGCCAUCCCAGCCAAACCAUGCUGACUCAACCCUCGCCGCAACCAGCAGCCGAAGCCUAAGCAACAGUCACCCCGCCCCGCCCCCGGGCCCUGGCCCCAGCGGCGGGAACAACAAGCGCCGACGCGCCGAGUACGAAGACGGUGGCAGCCCACCACUAGGGAACGGCGCGCGUCCGCCCCCUCCGGCACCGACACACCAUCACCAACACGCGCAACAGCCACACCAACAGCACCCACACCAGCAGCAGCCCCAGCCACAGCAGCAACAACAUCAUGUACCCGGUCCGUCCUCAUCAGCUAUGCCGCUACCUCCUUUUGGCGCCCCUCAAGGUGCACGGAGGGGCUUUUUUGGCGAAGGUCGCGACAGUCCCGAGACAAUCGAGGCGAAGAAGGAAGAGUUCUUGGCGCUGUGUGCUAGGGCAUGGGAUCUAAUUCACUCGUGA